AUGGCGGAGCAGGGGACUCGGUACACGCCCAGCGUGUACCUGUCCGUGACGGAUGACGCGAACCGCUGGCGUGCAGGACCCCCCCAACCGCAGCAACUCACGAACGAAUCGAAGAUAAAUAUGCUCAUGAACACGGGGCAAGGCCUGGCCAUCGAGAAGAACCUCGCCAAGUUUGACGUCAAAGUCCUGGCCGCUGAGACUCGAAAGCAGGCCUGGAUAAAAGACCUAGGCAUCGGGCCCAAGACGAGCUUCGUGGUUUACAUAAUCCGGGUGAGCCGAAUAAGGGACGGGGCGUCGUGCGUGUCGGCGCAGCGGUACAGCGAACUGCGAAGCCUCUACAACCACCUCAAGCACGAGGGGCAGGUGCGGUCCGAGGGCGCUCCCGAGUUUCCGGGGAAGCGAGUGGUGACGGAGGAGAGCUUUCUCGGCGACAGGUCCGACGCUAACAGCGAGUUCGUGAGGCACCGGAAGGAGCAGCUGGGCAGCUUCUUACGCCAGUUGUUCAACAAGAACCCUGAGCUGUGGGAGCACCCCGACGUGGUUGAGUUCUUUAACCUGGAAGCCUUGGACCAAGGGAAGAGCUACGCGGAAAGGGCGCACGCGGGCGGAGGGGUUGGGAAUGGCGUCGGACACGGCUUGAGCCUGGUCCGGUGAGAACCCGGCGUGCUCCGUCCCGGCUUUGUAGGGAUGCGAGGUCAAUG